GAGCCUCGAUAUGUCGUAGAAAUUGGCAGGACACCGGACCGGGUGGUGAGAACUUGCGGCAAUAUCCGAGCUGAAGCCUUCGGUGGCGUGUUGCGUCCAAUCUCAAUCUCAGCCCCGAGCAUAAUAUUCGCAUCUCUUUGCGGUUUACUGUAUGAAUGAUGGCAAUAAGGAGAGUGGUCCGCUGCCCCAAUUGUGACGCCGCCACUCCCAAAAAGCCGCGGUUCACCGAUGCGCCGUCUCCAUUUCGUGACUUGAUUGCUGUCAACGGUGCCGCAUGUGGUUCUCAACUUGACCAUUACCUCCAAGGGGUACGCGCCGAUAUUUCUGCUCAGGACGAAACGAUCGGGCGUAUUGAGAUCGCUCUCAGGGAGGCCCAAGACGAAAGGAACCAUCUUCAGAGGAUUGCGGACAGCCACAUUGGGCUCAUGUCAGCUUUCCGCAGAUUUCCCCCUGAGAUCCUCGCCCAGGUUUUCCAGUCGGCAGUCGCAUCUCCACCUGACGAACAACCUAAGGGUAUAUUCCAAGUUUUUCAGGGUCUUUGGAGGAUUGGAUCAGUCUGCCGACUUUGGAGAUCCACAGUGCUAUCGAAUCCAUCUUUAUGGGCCUGCUUUACCAUUGGGUUCGGUAGUAGAGACACCGUGUCUUUGUUGGAGACAGUGCUGGUCCGAUCUCGCGAGGCCGGAAUGACCGUCGCGAUUCGAGGAAGCGUAUGGCACUCCCACGAGAAUUAUACCCUAAAACGUGUGCUUGGUACAAGUCAUCGAUGGAAGCGCGUAUGGAUCGAAGUCUGCAGUGCAGAUGCAGGUUAUUAUGAACAAAUCCGUGGCCGACUUCCGCUACUGGAGCAGCUGUCUCUGUCUGCAGCAUAUAACAGGUUUCCGGGGGAGGACUUCCGCGCUUUUGAGAACGCUCCUCGAUUGAGGAAAGUAGCUCUAGGGCUGGGCAUAUCGCCUGCAUGCCAUCGGUUGGUCCUUCCUUGGUCACAGAUUACCAGUCUUUAUAUGCGUCAUUCCGUUGAGACUUCUGAUGUUCGCGCAGUUCUCUCCAUGACUCCGAACCUAAGAUCUCUAUCCUUUCAACAUAGCUAUGGCCAUGUCAAUGACUGGGAGCCAAAAAGCAAGGAAGACACCGUCACCUGCGUAUCUUUACAGAGUAUCACAGUCCAUGAUACAGGAUUUUUUCAAACGGUUACGUUUCCUGUAGCGGAAGAAAUCAAUCUGGCAACUUACGAGGAGCUUGAUGGUCUGGAAGGUGAACGGUCAUGGGUGGAUAUCUUCCAUGAUUUCCUGGACCGUUCUGGCUCUCCAGUAAAGAAACUGAAACUAUAUAUUAGGGAAAUUUCCCCCAAUUACGAAAGGAUGCUUUACAACGCCUUCAGACUCACGCACCUGGACAUUACAGUGUCAUCUUUGGCCGCAGCGGGAAUGCUAUUCCGGGUGCUGGUUUUGACUGGGGAUAAGACUAAUGUCCUUCCUCAGCUCCAGUGUAUGAAAGCGAAGGCAGUUGAGGUUACGAAACCCGAUACAUUUGUGGAAGAAAUUAACCUCGGGGAGAACAUCGUCGAUAUGCUUGUAUCGAGAUAUCACCUGCCCAGUUCAUCUCUAGCCGAGAUAGAGUCAGCUUACAUCAACCUACCGCGCCUUCCGACGCUUUUCUGGACCCAUGUUCGAGCUCGGGUGAGGGGCAACCCCAGGUUGCAAAGCCUUAUUUCGACUACCAGUGAAAACGGCCGUGUUGUAAUUUGUAUGGGGAGAGCUACUGAAUCCAUCAUGUAAAAAAAAACUGACCAGAACAGAUAUGGGACGGCCCGGAUAUUUUUCUUCGUCAUACUCCGCAGACAAGUAGUGAUACCUCUCAUGAGGCUGCCCGUUGCUGGCUUGAUGGAUCUCAUGAAACAUGAGUUGUAGCCCCUUCAGCCGAUGUUUACAUUUCUCUUGUCUAUCUUUUGCCCCCGUGUUCCAGGUCCAUUUCCGCCUAUUAGUAACUUGACGUCCGAUGUAUUUUUUGUCUCCUCUGCGUAGGACCUGUCGCUGUAGAUCCACGUAUCAACCUUCAGAUAUAUUUUAAGAU